AUUUGCAGGAAUCGCUGGAAAACCGAAACUCAAAAAGGGGCUUCCUCUUAGGAAGGACGGCAGUCCUCUUGAGCUUCCACAAGCAUCAAAUAUAACACCGGCCGAGCGAAGAUUUGGCUCCCGCGGCGUCUGAAUUUUCAAAGCAAGCAACCCGCCGACGUGAGCAUCUCCUUAGGCAGCAGAAAUAGAAGCUGUUCUAACUUGGGAAACCUGUUCAGGCUCUCUUUGAAUUGACCAACAUGGCUUCAGUACGGAAAGUACCCAGUUUCACCAAAGACCUGCUGUGCCCCAUUUGCCGCUGCCUCUUUCAGGAGCCCCACAUACUGGAGUGCGGCCACAGCUUCUGCGCUCCCUGCCUGGAGCCCUGCAUCCCCACAGGGGAAAGUAGCGGGCUCUGCCCCGAAUGCCGGCAACCCUUCACUUUGCGCCACAUGAACCGAGCCCUCUGCAGCUUGGCCAAGAAGGCCCGGCUUGUGAAGCUGGAUGAAAGGGCUCAGCUGAGCGGCACCGGAGGCUGGCACUUCUGUGAGGAACACGAGGAGCCUCUCAAGCUCUUCUGCAGCCAAGAUGAGGAGCCCAUUUGCGUCAUCUGCCGGGACUUGCCUCAGCACCGGGGACAUGACUUCCUGCCCCUGAAAAACGCGGCUCAGAACUGUCAGGACCAGCUGAAGGCAUCUCUGGAACCUCUUGAGGAAGGUCUCAGGCGGUUGAAAAGUAGCCAGUGCCACCAGCAGAAGAACAUUAUCGAGUUAAAGACCUGCUCCAAAUCCUUGUCUGAUCAUAUCUCUGAAGAGUUUAUGAAGAUGCACCAGCUGCUGAAUGACAGAGAGCUGGCUAUAAAACAGGCCUUAGAGAACCAGACAGAAAAGAACUUGGCUCAGAUGGAAACCAAGUUAAAGGAACUGGACUGCAAGAUGGCUUCAGGUUCAGAAAUUCUGUGUCGUGUACAGGCCAGCCUUGAAUGCAAAGACCAUUUUAGUUUCCUUAAGGAGGCAAAAGAGUUAGAGAGGAUCUGUAAAGAACAAGGAGCUCUGAACAAACCCAAACUAGAUGAUGAACAGAUAGGAGAAGAUGGGCUGGGGGCCAGCGGUGAAGACACAGAUGAGUCUGAGAAUGAGACUGGUGAAGAAGUUGAGGAGGAAGAAGAAGAGGAGGAGGAGGAGGAAGAAGAAGAAGAAGAUGAGGAAGAACAAGAGACAGAAGAGGAAGAGGAGGAAGAUGAAGUGGUGGCUGUAGACUUGAACCUGGGCGUGUUUAAAGGACCUCUGCAAUUCUACGCCUGGAAAGAGCUCCUGGAUGGGCUACAUCCAGUCCCUAAAAGGAUCACUUUGGAUUGCAACUCAGCUCAUCCCAGCUUGGUCCUUGUGGAAGAAGGCACCGGGGUCAAGUUCAGUCCUGAACGACCGUUCUGGCAAGAAAAGCCGGAGCGCUUCACUUCCACCCGGUGUGUGGUGGGACGGAAGGGCAUUACCACUGGGCGCUUCUACUGGGAGAUCGAUGUUGGGGACAGCCCCAGUUGGAUAGUGGGGAUGGCCAAAAAGUCUGUGGAGCGCAAGAAGCAGCUGAACUUUCUGCCCAAGGAAGGGGUGUGGGCUAUUGAGCUGAAGGCGGGACAGUACCAAGCUCUGAGUGAGCCCCGUACGCCCCUCUCGGUCUGCGGGCAGAUGGAAAAAGUUGGGGUCUACCUGGACUUUGAAGGGGGGCAGCUCUCUUUUUACAACAGCAGCAGCAGGUCCCACCUCUACACCUUCCAAACUGCCCUUUCCAAGCGUAUUUCCAUGCUGCCCUUUCUCAGCCCUCGAAGCAACUACCCCCUCUGGGUGUGCGGUCUGGAGCUUUGAGAUCUUAGCUCAAGGUGUAGCAUUGCAAAGAACAGCCUACUGAAAAUUGAAAACAUUGAGAUGGCUAUUUUAAAAGAAAGUCCAUGCUAAUCCCUCUUUACAAACAAUCACUCAAAGAUUUGAAAAGGGUCUCACCUGACUAUUGUGGUCCAUGAUUGUUGUUCUAGGCGCAGAGAGUUCUGUAAGUGUAGCUUUCAAUCUGAUCUUUAUCGUUAAUGUUAGAUUUAGGGGUUUUUUAAUAUACAAAAUCUUUGAUGUGGGACCUGGCGCUUUGAGAUCUUAGCUCAAGUUCAGCAUUUAAAAAAUAUUCUUAUGUCCUUGGUUGUCAGAGGUUCUCAACUGGGAGCCAGGAGGUACAGCAAUAUGGGCUUUAGGGGUUGCCCGAAAGCCAAUGAACUUAACAGAUGUUGAUGAGACCAGGCACUGGGAAUUUUUGAAAUUCAGGGAGAUAUUCAUUAAUAUUACGUAAUUAGUAAUAUUAAUAUUACGACUUCAGUAAUAGAGUUGUCAAUGCCUGGAAUGCACUAUCUGACUCUGUGGUUUCUUCCCCAAAUCUCCAAAACUUUUACCUUAGACCAGUGGUCACAAAUUUGUGGUCCGUGGACCGCUGAUGGUCCACGAGAAUAUUUUGGUGGUCCGCAGAAAAAUUAUUUGCAUUUUUUAUAUUGCACUGAAUCAGGGAUCCUCAAACUAUGGCCCCUGGGCUGGAUACGUGUAAUGAACAUUUUUGUUGCUGCAGAGAGUCUUCCCCUUCGGGGUCUUUUUGUGUGGGUUGGAGGGGGGCAGAAAUUCCGACUCAGGGUCUGCUUCAGCCUCCUGGUGUGGGGCUUUGGGUGAAGGCUGGAGGAAAUUGCCACUGGUGACAAUGAGCCGGAGGGCCUUGUUCCAGUGGGGCUGCCUCAUGGCCUGCAACUGGCUGACCAUCUCAGCCCGCUGAGCCUGCAGGCGCUGGUACUUUGCUUUGUACUCCCGCAGGUCUUCCCUCUGCCCUCAGUGAAGUGCUUCUGUUGAGCCUUUUUCUUGGUCAGAUCCAAUUUGAACUGAGCCAGCUGUUUUGCCAACUCUUUCUUGUGAUGGCUGCUUAGCUCCAACAACUGCUUCCUAUUGGGGCCCUAAGGAGCCUGGGCAGGGAGGCAAGGAGUGGCUGGAAGGGGAGGGGCGAGUAGAGGCUGGCGAGGCAACCCUCCAUGUGAAUGACAUUGAGUUGGCCACACCCACCCAGUCACAUGAGCUCCUAGCCACGCCCACCCAGCCGGUCAUUAGGCAGAUCAUAUUAGUGGUCCGCAGGAUUUAAAAUUAUGUAUUUAGUGGUCUCUGAGGUCCAAAAGAUUGGUGACCCCGCCUUAGACUGUCUACUAUAGACCUCACCCCAUUCCUAAGAGGUCUGUAAGGGGCGUGCAUAAGUGCACCGGCGUGCCUACUGUCCCUGUCCUAGUGUUUUCUUUUAUUCAUACGCUUUACAUGUGUUUGUAAUUAUGUUUACACUUGUAUCUGCCAUAAAAUACAUGCUUGACGAAAUAAAUAAAUAAAUAAAAUAUA